CCUCCAACAAUCUCCGCAUUUGACCCCUCUCUCUCUCUCUCUUCCCCUUUUGUUUCUCUCUCUAAAAAGGUCCAAUGCUGUCCCUUCCAUUUCUCUCUCUAAAUCUCGAAACCCUAGAAAUCUCUCAACCGAAGCCCUAGAUCGCCAUGGCGGAGUUCUCGAUCGGCAUCCUCCUACCGUCGUGGUGGGAGAUCGAGGUCACCGUCGCCGCCGCCCUCUUCGUGGUCGGCGUGUUCUUGUUUUUUGAAAGGUUAUCGUUUUCCUUGAGGGAGAGUGAAGAGAAGAGGAAAGAAGACGCGGGGAUUGUGGGGGAUCCUCUUCUGAGGGAAUCCGAUGACAAGAUGAGCCAAGUUAAAGGUGAAUCUCAAGGGAAAUUUGGAUAUUUAAUUAAGUUAGAACUACUUGCUGCCAAGAACUUAGUUGGUGCAAAUUUGAACGGCACAUCUGAUCCUUAUGCAAUAAUUACUUGCGGGGAACAGAAACGAUUUAGUUCCAUGGUUCCUGGUUCAAGAAAUCCAAUGUGGGGAGAGGAAUUCAAUUUUUUUGUCGAUGAUCUUCCUGUCCAGAUUAAUGUUACAAUAUAUGACUGGGAUAUAAUAUGGAAAAGCAAUGUUCUUGGAUCUGUAACUGUGCCAGUUGAGAGUGAAUGCCAAACUGGAGCCGUCUGGUAUGCCCUAGAUAGCACAUCAGGCCAGGUUUGUCUACAUAUUAGGACCACAAAGAUGAUUGGGAAUUCCAGGGCAAUGAAUGGAUUAGCUGGAGCUAAUGCUCGAAGACGUAUCUCUUCAGAUAAACAAGGGCCUACAAUUGUUCAUCAAAAACCUGGUCCCCUGCAAACUAUAUUUGACCUUCUUCCUGAUGAGGUUCUGGACCACAGUUACUCAUGUGCGCUUGAGAGGUCGUUCCUGUACCAUGGACGUAUGUAUGUUUCUGCAUGGCAUAUUUGCUUCCACUCCAACGUAUUUUCUAAACAAAUAAAGGUUAUCAUUCCUUUUGGAGAUAUUCAUGAGAUAAAGAGAAGCCAACAUGCAUUUAUUAAUCCUGCAAUUACUAUUGUUUUGCGCAUGGGAGCUGGUGGACAUGGUGUUCCUCCCUUGGGUAGCCCAGAUGGGAGAGUCAGAUACAAGUUUGCAUCAUUUUGGAACAGAAACCACACACUGAGGGCUUUGCAGCGUGCAGCAAAGAACUUCCAUGCAAUGCUUGAAGCCGAAAAAAAGGAGAGGGCGCAGUCAGCAUUGCGUGCACAUAGUAGCUCCAUUAGAGUUGGCUCCACCGGCAGUAGUAAAAACCAGAUACAAAUUCCAAAAGAAGAUCUUGUUCAGACGGGAAACUUCCAAGAUUUUGUUAAAGAAGAAGUUCUGGUUGGGAUAUAUAAUGGGAUAUUCCCUUGUAAAGCCGAACAGUUCUUUACUGAAUUAUUGAGUGAUGAUUCAAAAUUUAUUGCCGAGUAUCGAUCAGCAAGGAAGGAUUCAAAUCUCAAUUUGGGCCCAUGGCAUGCUGCUAAUGAAUAUGAUGGUCAAGUCAGAGAAAUUACCUUCAGAUCAGUUUGUCAUAGUCCCAUGUGUCCACCAGAUACGGCUAUGACGGAGUGGCAACAUGCUGUUCUUUCAGCUGAUAAGACAACCUUGGUAUUCGAGACAGUCCAGCAAGCACAUGAUGUUCCAUUUGGUUCUUACUUUGAGAUUCAUUGUAGGUGGUCAUUGAAAACGAAUUCUGAAUCUUCCUGUACUCUAGACAUAAAAGUUGGCGCACAUUUCAAGAAAUGGUGCAUUAUGCAGUCUAAGAUAAAAACUGGAGCUGUUGAUGAGUACAAGAAAGAGGUGGAUCAGAUGUUGGAUAUAGCACGAACAUAUCUUCAGAAAUCAAAGGCAUCCAGUAAGGAGACAGCUGAAUCUAUUCCCGCGCCAGAUUGAAGGUUGUUAAAGCUUAAGAGAAGAAGCAGAUCUCGUCCCCCUUUCCCUCUGUAUGCCAUCUAUGGCAAUUUUCUUCCUUGCAAUUCAAUUGUAAUUGCAAGCCAAUCUGGCAACUUUGAUGUAUUUUUCACCUACCCCUUUUGCGUAAGAGAGAAUUAUUAAGGGUGUGUUUAUACGAAUGUAAUAUAGUACAGUGCAUAUAAUUCAACAAUCUUUGAAAAGGUAAUUGAAUGAAAACACUUGACCAAGUUUUCCAUC